GGAAAUUGUGCGCGUGCAGAAGACCACAGCAUCUUAUUCCAAAAACAUCGUGUCUGUCGGCUCACACUGCCCCCACAGGCGUGCUUGUGCCCCUACGCGACCUCGUUGGUGGUGGGUCGUUAAUUCCGCCACUGAGAAUGCCUUCCAUAUGGAGCAUCUUACGUAAUACUCGCCUUCUGUCCGCGCUUCGUCUGCUUCGCGGUUUUGCCCUGCAUCUCGCUCCCAGGAUCUCUUCAUUCACUCCGCUGUCAACGUCGCCAUGUCCAGAGGCGGGGCACAGACAAGAGCACAGAUUGUGCGCAUCCUGGUUGGUGCUGGCAAGGCUGCGCCAACACCUCCCGUAGGUCCCGCGCUGGGUGCCAAAGGUGUCAAGUCGAUGGACUUCUGCAAGGAAUUCAACGCACGCACAGCGCACAUUGAACCAGGCACCCCACUACCCACCCUCAUCACGGUCUACCCUGACCGCUCGUUCACUUUCAUUACGAAGUCACCGCCGACCACCUACUUCCUCAAGAAAGCUGCCGGUAUCGAGAAGGGAACCGGCCGCCCCGGCCAUGAGUCUGUGGGGACGGUGAGCCUAAAGCACGUGUAUGAAAUCGCCAAAAUCAAGGCUACGGACGAGCACCUCAAGCAUCUGCGUCUCGAGGCGAUCGCGAGUACCAUUGUUGGAACGGCUAGAACGCUGGGCGUGCAGGUUGUCCCGUAGUCCGGAUGGGAUCUAUAUUGAUGGUGCGUCCUUGCCCAUCCGAUACGUAUUGAGAUGUUAAUAUGCGACAGCCGACUGUACCCAGGCAGCACC